GGGUGUGGUGAUUCCUGGAAAAAAACUGCAUACAGUGUGUAUAAUUGUGAACAGACUUCCCAAACUUAUUACUUUCAUGUUUCUUCUUUUCACCUCAUUUUGAGCUCUGUGUACUACAAUCAAAAUGAGAGAAAAUACUUUAAUAUCAUUCUGCUUUCUUUUCCUGAGCAUCAGCCUGUCUGCUGGUUUUAAAGAAGGUUUUAUUAGGCUGAUGGGCGGUCAAGAUCACUCCGAGGGUCGUGUGGACAUUUUUCAUGAUGGAGCUUGGGGCACUGUGUGUGAUGACGACUGGGACAUAAAUGACGCUCAUGUAGUGUGCCUCCAGCUCGGUUUCCCUGGUGCAAAAGAAGCUCUAACAAUUGCUGAUGGGUAUGGUACCAUCUGGAUGGAUGAUGUAGGCUGUACUGGGACAGAGGUGAGCUUGCAACAAUGUGCAUUUCCUGGUUGGGGGAUCAAUAACUGUGGUCACAGUGAGGAUGCUGGUGUCAGAUGUGAAAAAGAGCCUACCAACAGGGAUCUAAGCCACAAAUAUGAUCUGGACCACAAUGCAAGCCUCACUCUUCAGUUGGGAGAACUGUUUGACAGUGGAUAUGACUGUGACUUGAACAUUGCAGUGGUGGUGGACAAAAACACCAUUGAGACAAUAUGUGCCCACAGGGUCAUCCUUAUUCUGAACCCAAACCUCAAAACUUCGCAGCCAGACUUCAGCAGGCUCAGCAUUGAUGUCACUUCUGACUGCAGUCAACACGCCAAGGACUUUGUCAGGUAUUUCUACACAAGAAAGAUGACACCGUCCUCUGCCCAUUGUUUUCUCAAGAUGGCAUCCAACUGGGGUCUGAAGGAACUUCAAAAUAAGGCUGCAGAUAUUUUCAGAGAGUUUCUUCCAGAUCCCACUUUCCAGAGUCAGAAUUCAUUGUAUGAGUAUGCAGUCUGGAUAAAUGAUGUAGCACUACAAGAAGUUUAUCUUCAGUACCUGGCGUGGAACUGUGAGGCGCUGAUCCAUUCCCCAACCUGGACAAAUCUUGCAUUUGGUGUGGUCAAGGCGCUUCUGUCUCGCUCAGACCUUGUGGUAAGUAAUGAAACGGUCAUCCUGAAUGGACUGGAGAGAUGGGCAGCAGCCCAAGAAAACACAACUAUUCCAGAGGUCCUACUGAAGCUCAUUCGAUUCCCAAUGAUACCAGCUAAGGACUUAUACACACUUAAUAGCUCACAGUAUCAUGCCAACAAGUGUCAGGGGUUUCAAUUUAAUGCUCUGCCCUUCAUGACAUUGACCAAUAACCUGACAGAAGGACAAAAUGUCUACACAUCCAGGAUUUUCACUGGCAGGCCUUGGAGCUUCACCUUUAGCCACUACAUUGUUAAAGCUUACGGCGGCACGUUGUACACUUUUGAUGACCAGCACAGUAAUAAUGUGACAUUUGAUUUCCAAACACCUGUUUACAACAGUGCUGCUUUUACUUUUCACAAUGUGCGCUGGAAAACAACGUUACACAUUGGUGACUGCUCAAAUGGAAACCCUUCUUUGCCUGCUGUUAGUUUGAAGAUUGAGGCAAACAACAGUGAUGUACCCAGUGAGAUUGAGGGACGUAUUCGCUACAGCAAUAGGCUUGUUGUUAAGUGUCAAGAGAAGUAUGUGGUCCAUGUUGGUGAAUUUAAUUCUACUAAUGGUGAGAAUCUUGUAUUUGUUCCAAGCAGCACACAACAAGCCUAUUCAUGCCACUCAAAUCUGUUCUCGUACCAAGUGGUGAUACGUCCUGAGUACGCAACAGAUUAGUUUCUGUUUCUGCAAAACAGAAACAGUACUUCAGCAAAGAAGAUGCAGACAUGGAUGAUUUAUGAACAGCAUAUCAUCUUUCAUGGGAGCGACGAGUGUAACGUUGCUGAUGUUCUUAAGUAUAGUACAGUUGUUCUGUGACAGCAGCAAUUUGUUGUAAACAAAAAUCAUUUGAUUUCUUUUAUAAAUAUAUUGUAUUAUCAUCCUUUAUUGCAUGCCUGCAUACUCAGAUAACAUUAGUGCAUGCUUUUUAUUUUAUUUUUAAUACCUGAAAAACAACAUAUCUAAAUGUAUCAAGUUGGACAAAAGUCAGCAAAGGCAGGAAAGAAUUCAUACAUGUUACAAACUGUAAAAUACUUGUAGUCUGAAGGGAGGUGCGUGUUUCCAAGUUUUUGAUGGUUAGAGUCUCAAUAGAGCAUUUGUUCUAACAAAUAACAGAGGAGGACAAGUCUGUCCAUGUCUGUGUCUGUCCAGCAACUGGAGCUACGUCAUCAAGUACAAUUUACAAUAACUGACGUCAAUAAAGAUUGGGUGGAGGGGGCUAAAGAUGACACUGAAUCCAUGAUGUUAAACUUAUUUAACAAGUUUAACAAAAGUUAAGGUUUCUUUAAAUGUGUGGUGUUGACAAUCAUAUUUUUUGGCAUUGUUAAGACAUUUUGUAAACUCCUUCUUUUAAAAAUGAUUAAAAACAAUGUCAUUCUGCAA